ACAAACGCCCCGAUGACGCGACAAGCAUACUACAUGUGCAAGGCGAUAUUCAAUUCGCUGAAUUCCACCUCAGUUUAGUGCCAAACCCUGGAUGACUGAUUAGAGCUGAUAUCAUUCGGUUAAGUUCUUUAUCAACUGAAGCAACGAAAACCAAAAUCUUCAGUCGGUGAGACACGAGGUGUUACUUUGAAAAGAAUUUAAAUCUGGUAAUGUUUUAUUUUAUUUCAUCGGAACGGUAGCUUCCUAUCAAUCAAAACAAUUGAUUCAGCUUUAAGCAAGUGUCGUCCGGGUAGUAAAUUUUUAUGCAAAUUUUUACAUUCGACGCACCGUCCACACACCAGCCGCAGCAAAAGCCGCAGUCGGUUCAUCAAUCACAAAUCAGUUAUGAUCGGUCCAACGGCGAAUAUUGCACGCGGUCAGUAGAGUUUACAUUUAGUUUCUUUGUCGGUGAGAGUUCGUCCGUCGGUCCGUCGUUGGAACAUUGAGUGCAUCGGUAGUACCCAGUACGAACAUUCUCGGACGAGCAAAUGAAGUUUAUUUGGUGAACGGGAGAAACCACGAAAGUAAUGCCAAAGUACUCGAACUGUGUUGCCGUGAGACAUCAGGCGUGGAACGUGGGCAGAAGCUGUUUGAUCUGAUUAAGACGUACCGCCGAAAGUGGAGACUCAGAGACAAAUCCACCGAUAAUUGGUGAACCCGACAGCAGAGUGUUAAUUCAAUGCCGACCGGCGACAAGUAAAAGUGAGAACCUUUUCUCGGUUGUUUGUUUUUUGUUUUUCGUUUUCUUGCUGAAAAUGUAAAUUGUGCUAUCUUCAAAGGAGGAUCCCUAUCGUCCCACCCACGGGAAAAAAAAGUUCAUAGAUAUUCAUCACGCCUAUUUCGAACAUGUGCUCAUCCGUCGCGGGGAUGUAAAUCAACACUCUAGAAUUCUGCACCACGUAAAGCACAAGCCCCUCCACCAGCCCCUAAACCGAUUCGUCGCCACCACCAAUACCAGCGAACACUAUGAACGAUACUCUGCUGCAAGUGCGCUAUUUCCUACUGCUAAGCCCGGCCAAGCCAGAAUUGAGGCAAAUGAUCCUCCAGCAGCGGUGGGAUGAAAGCCCACCAAGGUCGGGAGAUGCGCUAUCGGACUCGGAACAGUCCCAGCUGCUGCUGUACGAUAUCUUUAUCCCAUUGCUCGGUGCGCUGAUAAUCGUCCUUAAUCUGGCAGUCGUAACCUCCAGCUUACUGCUACUGCGAAAAGGUCAGCAACCAUACGCGACAUACUUGUUCCUGGGUAAUGUGGCUGCGGCAGAUCUACUGACGGGAUUCGCUGUCAUUUACGGUCAGUAUGCGCCCAAGGAGAUCCGAGGAGAGGACAACUGUGCGUUUCUGAUUGGUUUAAUUGUAUCUACCACAAUCGUCUCCGUGUACAGUGUGGGUCUGAUUGCUGUGGACCGUUACCUGUACAUUGUCUACGGACUGCAGUACCAACGGUACAUCACACCCAGCCGGGCGAAACUUCUGAUCGGUGCAACCUGGUUUAUAGGACUCAUCAUCGGUUUCCUGCCGGCGUUCGGGUGGCGUGGUGAUACGGACAAUGGCCGGGUCUGUUGGUUUAUACGGAUUGCUCCGCCGGCUCUUAUCAUUUUGACCACUGUGGUGGGAAUACUUCCAUUGAUUGUCGUUAUUGUUCUCUACAGUAUUAUCCUGCACAAAGCCCUCCGUAGGGUAGCGCAGCUCAAAAAAGCCAGCCGCCUGCAACAGGGUGCAUUUUCGGGUAAUUUGCGACUAUUCCGCGGUGGAUCAGCGGCGGCACCGAACGGAACUACCGACUCUGAACAGCCGCUAGCGGAAGAGCACCCGAAACCAACGAAAUGUUUCCGUUGUUGCCGGAAACAACCGGCCGGUACAAUUGACGGACGGUAUCCGGCCAAUGCGGCCCCAACCGGAAGAAAUCCCACCAAAUGGAAAGCCAUUAAGGUGGUCAUGCUCACGACGGGAUGCUUCACUGUGACAUGGUUGCCAUAUUUCAUCGCCAGUACCAUGUACGUCCUGUGUGACCCAGAAUCCAAUCCCGAUAUGUGCCGUGGCUUACAGUUUGCCAUUGCCAGCCCGCUGGCCAUCCUGGGUUUCACCAACAGUCUUUUGAAUCCCGUUAUCUACGCCUGGUGGCACCACGGCUUUCGAACAUCAGUGAAGAAGCUCUGGAGAAAAAUGUGUCGCUGUUGCUACAAGCAAAAUAACAAUAAAUCAUCCCAACGAAAUCCGGUGGCAGCCACCAGCAGUGGCAACGAAGAAAGUAUCAGCGUCGAACAGCAGCCACGAAGUUCCGAUACUACAAACAUAACCUCCGUCAGUGCCGCGGGGAGCCCGUCCUACCGGGUGUCGUCGGUGGGGAACAACAACAACAACAAUCGAACGGGACCCAUCGUCAUCACGUACGACAGUAGCGCCAGUGACCUGGAAAAUCAAACAACCGACACCGACAUUGAUCGUCCCACAGCGCUAACGAGACUGUGACCGGUUUUCCACCUUCUUCUCGAAAUAACCGAGUAAACGACCUGUGCCAGCUGCAGCACCGAGAUCUGCGUCGACACCGGCGAUAAGCUAUUUGUGAGCUUUUCCCGGCAACAGCGGCAGCAGCAGCAUUAGCAAUCCUAGUAAUAAUAAAUAAUGUUGCAAUGAAUCCACUUCCGGUGCGUUCUGAAGGACAGAACAGCGAGCGAACUACUCUGCAGAGCCUCGGCUGUUGUUGGCAUUUUCUUUCUGGCUUUCAGACUGAGUGUAGAUGUCACGGAGAUGAAUUAGAUGUCGAGAAAAUACAUACUUUGUUCAGAAACAAUGUAGAGCUAUAGCUAUCUAACACGAGAAUGCUCCAUGCUUCUGCUGUUGACAUUAUGAUCUGGACGAGUUUUGAACGUGAAAAACAAGCUUUUGAAAGUGAGUUCACUCAUGUUUCCACGUGUUAACUGACACGGAAGAGAGUCCGGCAUAAUGAAGCAUAUCGGAGCGGAAGGACAUGGGAUGCAUAGGUGUGUGAAUUUUGUAGGUUACCAGAGGCGUAGAGCUACUUGGGAGGGGAAGGAGCGAGACAAAGUUGUUAACGUAUAUGGAAAAUUUUUAUGAACUGCUAUUUAAAAUGUAAAUUUAAUAUUAAAAAUAAUUUUUCUUUAUCUAUAACUUUGUCUUAUUUUGAAUAUGAUCAAAUCUAGAGAUAACAAACGAAUGCAAAAUAGACGGGGAAAUCUGUUUUUACAAUUCAUAAAUUUUCUUACACCAGCAGUGAAUUUCGAAGAAAUGAAUAGUUAGUUGAUGCAACAUUUUAUCAAAUUAUUGCGUUUUACACUAUUGAAUAAACGAAAAAAUCGUUGCAAAACCGAAAAAAAAUAUUGUAGAAAAACAAUACGAUUUGUUGUUACAAAACCUUCCACAAAAUUGCUUUGACAAUUGAAAAAUGUUUCAAUGUAUACACUAUUCAAUUAAUUGUGAACUCCCUUUUUACAAUAGAAUGUAUAGGUUGUUAAGUAUCGUAACAAUUCAAAUCAUACAAUUUUCUCAAUCAUGUUUUCUUGUAAAACAAUCAAAUGUACAGUUUGCAUAUUGUUUGAAACACCAAGCGUACAAUAAAUUCAAUUGUGAAUCGUAGAAACAAUAUAUUGAAUUGUUGGUAAAAUCUUGUCAAGAUACAAUCAAAUGUAUUGUAACCCAUAGAUCUAAUUGUGAAUCAAUUGUUUAUGCUGUACAAUCAAUGGUUUAUUUUGUUACGGGAAUCACAUCUGUAUUUGGCGAAUGAAUCAAGCUGUACAAUAUCUAUCUCGAAAAAUCUUUUUAGUCUGUUAACCUUUUCGCGGUUAAUUUUAACUUUUGGUUGAAAUCUGACACUCGAGUGGUUAUUUUGAUUUUGUCAAAAAUUACCCUGCUCGAAGCAUGGUUAUUUUCCGACACUGAAAAAAAUCUUGUAAAGAAAAUUCUGAUAUCAAUUCAUUAGCCAUUACUUUCCAUCCGUCAAACUUUGAAAUGGGCCGCAGUUUUAGUUAAAUUUAACAACUCGACACAAAAUAGCCUCUCAAGUGUCAGAUUUUAACCAAAAGUUAAAAAUAACCGCGAAAUGGUUCACAAUUUACUCCGAAAAGGAGAAAUGUUUACGCAAAAGAUACAUUACUCAGUAAAUGAGUAGAUUAUAUCCAAACAUAGUGUUCGUGGAUACGAAAAGGCGCCAUCUGUUCGUGAAUGAUCAUGCAUCGUACUUCAGAAGGGAUCCCUGGUUUCAUCGAUAAUGUAUCAAUGUGGCAACCCGAAUCGACAUGCAAAGAGAUAUAAAAGGGCAACGCAACCAAAAUUCCCUCUCUUAAUUUUGUACCUUUCCCAAGGAAAUUUAAAGCUCUUGAAAGCAAUAAAUUGUAUGAUGAAUUUCGUAGAAGUUAAAAUACAUUCGUUAAGUUAGUAAAGGUGGUGCGUUUAGUAUUAUCCAUGCGCGAGUGGUCUUAUUGAUGUGAUUUCCGGUUUUUAAGUCCAGAGAACCGAAUACCUUUAACCGAGUAAAUUCCUAUGCUGAUAGCGAUUUUUUUUUUUUUUAUAAAAAUUUUUUUAUUCAGGCCAAUUUGCGUACAAGCUUUACGUGGCCGAAUGAGCCAUGUUUUUAUUAGAUAAAAUAAUUUUUUUACCGUUGGAUCUCGUUGUCACCCUUUUUCUAGGGGGAGAGGAGCUUCCAUUUUUAUCUUGCGAUGAGUGAGGGGCACUUUGUUCGUGGCUCGUCUCGUCCUCCAUUGCCGCAUCGGUGGUAUCGUUGUUGGUUUCCGUUUUUUCUUCGUUUUCCUUGUAAUUCGCAUUCUUGGGUUGGUUGUUAGUUGCUGUAGACGCGCCUUGUUGUGCAUUAAUUGCAGUUGUUGGUGGGUUUGAUGGUACAACAGGAGUACUGCGCUCACUAGUUUCCGUUGUUGGGCGGUUGUCCUUAUUUUUGUUUAAAGAUGUCCUUUUUGCAGUUUCAGUGCAAGGUUUGCCGUAGUGUGCAGGUUGUUCACAAAACUGACAUGUAACCAGUUGAUUUUCAUACGUAAUCAGCGUUUUACACGGAUGUAUCCCGUCUUGAUCACAAAUGAUGUAAGAUGGAAUUGCUUUACGUAGUUGCAUACGUACUACUCGCACGCCAUUCCGGAUACCCGGAAAAAAAUUCCGCCAUACUUCCCUUUCGAUGGAAAGAACUUCACCGUACUGCGACAUACUUUCCCGAACAUACCCAUCGCUGGUCUGCGGGGGAAGGUCAUGCACGCGUACUUCUAUGGCAUUGUCCACCAUGUACACAGGGAUUUUAUAUUUAACAUUGUCAUGAUCAAUACUGUGCACCCCGUUAUUAACCGAAGCAAUUGCAAUUGCAUCUUUUCCACGUUUGAACAUAAUGUACACACAGUUAGACGCCUUGUUGAAUUGAAUCUCACUUACAUCAGUAACGUUUAGAUGCAUUCGUUCUUUUAGUAGGAUUUCAAUUUCAUUUGC